GAUGACGGUGGCGAUGGUGGCAAUGAUGAUGAUAACUGCUACGCAAUUCUAUUGCAGAUUAUACAUACAUUAUCAUUUACAUAUGCAUAAUACAUAAGCUUUAUCUGGAUAUUUCCAACACAGAAUAACUGCAUCUUAAAUGCACUAAGGUGUUAAUAAUUAUUCUGACCUAUUCGAAAAUAACAUCGACGUCUUCAUCAGCUGAGCAACUUCCUUCUGAAGGGCAAUCAGGGUUACAUUUUUUUUAAAGCACACACAAUGUAAAUGAAAUGCUUAAGCAUAAAUAACAAACGAGCUUUUAUGACUACGCUUUUUUGUUACGCAACAGAAUCCAUCUACUUUUUCACCAUGUGGUUACUUGCAAAACAUUUUGUUUCUUGGUCUGUUUGACAAACCGACCCAGUAAGAAGUUUUUAACUUAUGCUUCUUGCUACAACCGUUCUAUUAAUGUGAAUACUCUUUUUCGUUCUAAGAAUAAGUCAUAUGAAGAAAAUUCGUCGGAUGGAGGAGAAGGGAGCUUCAGAACUGACGUAAUUUAAAGAGCGGGGGUAACAGAGGGCACACGAGGUCGGGAGACAAAUUAAGUCACGUUGUUCCGUCCUCGCUAUACACUCGACAACUGGAAAGGUUUGGACUGAUUCCCCCAUCUCCUCCCAUCCAACUUCCCCCACACACACACAUACGCAGCCAGUUCAAAACGGUGCAAGUGACCGCCGCCCGAUGCCUGCACGCGACAGCGUCUGCCACUGCGGUCAGUGCAUGUCCCCUGUCCACUCCUCAGUUGACAGGCAGCCAGGAUGCUGUCGUAUAUAUACAGGUACAAGCCUUCAUCACGCCGUCAGACCGGCCUUGAAUGUCCCAGGUCGCACAGCACUUGCUCUCCCGCAAGUUCACCAACCAACCAUCGAGCAUCACACAGGAACGAUUCAUACAGGUGUUCUUUUGAAGACAAAACACCUGCACAACGCAGUUAUAUCACUUCUCGUCUGAAGCAGAAUCUUACUUCCAGUCCAGACACCUGGAUUUACGUCCCCACAAGGCUUUUCUCAGGAAUAUCAUUGCUGCUAACAGCGUGCUUGAGGAGAAGCUCCUGUUCCUGGAAAGCAACAGACACAACACUGCACUGCGUCACCACAAGAGGGAUCAUCGUCGUUGACAUCGCUGUCCUCUUUAGACGCAGGUUUUCACAGCCCAUGCUGAUGAGAAUAUUGUCUUGUUAAAAAAGACACCAUCAGCUUCCCCUGCUGCGGAUAACCUUCUGAGAGCACUGAAAUUCGUUUCUAGACAAAAAGCUCACAGAGACUGUAAAGCGAUCGUGAGGUGUCUCCAUUUAUCGAGGGUCAAAGUACGCCAAACCAGCAACACGGAGUUCACGACGUCAUCGGACAAAACAGCUUCGUCCUUUUGUGACCACUCACUCACAUCGUCUUCUUUGUCCUCUCCUCUGAAAUCGAAAGGCUUCGCCAUGGGCUUUCGAGGGCGUUGCAUCAUCUGCUUCGUCGUCAUGCUGGUCUUCGGCGGCGUGCAGCUGCACUUCAUCAUGUCCCAACCCCGGCAUCCUCCUGACCACUUCCUUCCCUGCCCCCCUGGUCCCGGCGUGCACUGGGUUCGAGACCCGGAGAACUGCGCCAGCUACUUCAUCUGCGUGUCGGCGCAGCCAGUGCGCAUGCCCGCGUGUCCCAAAAAGACGGUUUGGUCGGUUUCUGCCAAGAACUGCGUUCCUCUCCAUUCUCCCUGGAACGACUGUCCCCUUGCCGAACUUCUGCCCACCUACCCCGCUCCCAAACUCCUCCCUCAACCCACGCCCUACAUGGAAAAGAUAGUCAGCAUCCGGACAACCGCUGCCGAAAGGAUGGGAGCGCUCGUGGAUCAUCAACACGAUCCCCUCAAUGAAUAUCGUUCGAAGAUAAAGCGCGUUUACCCUAACCACCCUUGUGUCUUCGGAGGAACUGGUUUAUUCCUGCCACAUCCAUUCAAAUGCCAUUGGUUCUACAACUGCUCCGCACCCUUGGAAGAUGGGAAAGCAGAAGAGCAGGGCUGGGAUCAGCUAACGGAGGAGUGUCCAUACCCCAAGCUCUUCUCUGCGUCUACUGGUUCAUGCGAGGAUUAUUCAAAGGUUGACUGUGGAGACAGAGAUCUCUAUCUGGACCCAUGCGAGUACAGAGCUCUUCAGUGCGGAGGUGCUCACUGUCAGCCAUGCCGAUUGCGUCACGGCAGUUGUGUGGGCAUGCGCGAUGGCCCCCAGCCGUUCCCCAGUCGUGAGUGGACCCCACGCUACCUCUACUGCAAGGAUCAGCGGGCGCUGCAGCAGCUGGAGUGUCCACAGGAAACACCCAUUUUCUCACCCGAGUCGAGAAGAUGCGAGACUUUGCUCGACAUUCCUAGAGAACACGGCGGAUAUCAACCAACUUGCCUUGGUCGUCGAGAUGGCCGCUAUCCAGACGACACGGGGAGGUGUGACGUGUUCUACGAGUGCUUUGCUGAGAAGAACCGCGGCCGUUUCCAUUGCCCUAGGGGCAGCAUCUUUGACCCUGAGAAAAAAGCGUGCAGACUAAAGACAGAGAGACACCUGGCCCCACCCUGCGGCAAUGUGACUGAAGAGCAGGUGUCGCUGCGGGUGAGUGUGAGCCUGUGCCGAGACCUGCAGGACGGCUUGUAUGCUGACCCUUACGGGCGCUGCUCCAUGUUCUACGAGUGCCAGCAUGGUCUUCUGAAGCAGUACCACAGGUGCAGUUACGGAUCAUUUGACCCAAGCGUUCAGGAGUGCAGCUUUUUAAUGUCACACCUAACAUCCCCUUGCGGUCAGCAGCCAAAUCCUUGUCUGUUUCGAUCAGACGGCGAAUAUGCCGACCAGAGUCAGUUCUGUCAGGCUUCCUAUUUGUGCCGUGGUCACGUGGUCAUCAGACAGAAUACAUGCCCACCCGGUACAGUCUUCCACGAGGGGAAGGGAUCUUGUCAGCUGCCGAACGACACUCCCCCGCCCUGCGGACUGGCACCCUCGUGCACCGGGCGGGCGGACGGACGCUACCCGGCUCCGCUAAAGGGCUGUCAGUUUUUCGUCACCUGCCGAGCCGGGAUGUUCCGGGGCCACGAAGGAUGCUCUCUGGAAGAAGGCGGCUUCUACUUCAACGCCGAGACGCAGAUGUGCGACUUCCCGCACAACAUUUGUCCACCUUGUGGCGUCAGCACGACCAACUGCACCUCGAGAACUAUGCCAUGAGCCCAUCGCAUCAUCGAAGAUAUUUUCGGAGUUACAGAGAUAUCCUUACGUCACAUCCGGGCGAUUUGACAACAACGGAGGCAGCAUCUUCACGUGACAUGACAACGUACCUGAGUGGGAUCUUCACUGACCUUUUAAAACUUGCUUUCAUUAUUUGACAAUGGCGUCUAUUUCUGAACUGCACGUCCACCACUUUUUAGAAAUUAAACAGUUCGCAAGAGUAUCUGGUAACAUAGUUUGGGAUUUUAAAACUGAAGGACGCACCAUUGGUUCUAGCCCACAGCCGUUAGACCUUCUCCAAGGAACAUGAAAGUAAAUUGUGAUUUGUCCUCAUCAGUGUCUAAUGUGGCUUCCAUGACAAAAAGUGAACGCCCAUCAUCUAUUACAUCUCUUUUUUCAUCAUUAUCAUGAUUUCUUUUCUCUUUUGUCGACUUCAUAUCACAAUGUUCCCUGUGUAAUAAGUAUUUGUGUAAUAAGUAUUAUUAUUAUGAACAUCAUCAUCAUUGAUCAUUGUAAUCUGUCCCCUUCAUCAAGUGCAAUAAACUGUACAGAUUAUUCGAACAGCAUAGAUAAUAAAAUAUGAAAUAAAAUAUGCACAGCCUGACUUUCUUUUUGGUUGUUUUUGAAGAUAUAACGAAUGAUAGGUUUGUACAGUUGAUGUUGCAGCGUCAGUCAACACGUUUGCACGCAAGCACAGAAAAAAAAGCAGGAUAUCUGAAAUGGAUCUUCACAAAAGUGUCUUUACAGCAAACAGUUACUAAAAUACAUUCUUCAAUUUCUUCAACAAAGAAUCUGCAAAUCGGUUUUUUCCAACUGAGCGAAGGAUAUUUAGUUUGUUCGGCGUCUCUAUA